AUUGAACCGGAGAAGUCAAUCUAAACUGGGACGAGAUCCACGUCAGCAGCAUGGUUACACCGCCAUCGUUUUCAUUUACUUAGAAACCUUUUUCCUCUCUCGACGAGACGUUGACUAAAAGUCAAACAACAUCACCGGAAUCAAUGGCCGGAAUAAUAUCUCCUCCGGCGACGAUUAAGCUCUUCUCCGUACUAUUCCUCAUCCUCACAGUCUCAUCUCCAUCAUCAAUUUUCGUAAAUGCCUUCACUUUCCCGUUCUCAUUCACACAAUACAAAACCCUAAUCUCAACCUCACGAUCCCUCCUCCUCCGCGUCGCUAACCUACGCGCUUCACGCGGAGACAUAUUGGGCUCGUCUCGCGUACGAGCCAUGGCUGAAGAGAUCGAUCGCGGAUUAGGGUUAGGGUGUUUGAGCAGAGCUUGGUCUGUUGGGUGGGAUUACAUGUGGAACUACGCUUGGAGAAAAGGUGGGAUUGACUACAGUGAGAUGUACGAUGCGAUUGGUGAUCUCAAUGAGCUUAUGGGUAUGGUUACGGAGUUUAAUAGAGCCGAAUCUAAUGCUGGUAAAGCGAGCGCUGUUGCUCGGAGCUAUGGCAAAGCUCUUCGUGUUUCGAAAAAAUUACUUAAUCGUCUUCUCAGAAUCUUUGGUAAAUCGGGUGCAUUGAGGGAGUUGUGGGAGAUGAUACAAGCUGAAGUAGUAGAUGGAGAGUUAUUACAAGACUGUCUCGAAGUGGGUGGCAACGACGUCAAGAGUUUGCUUCAAAUAGCUAAAGACAUGGCUCUGCAGUUCUUUUCUUCUCAAAGCAGUUCCUCAGAUGAAUUAUAGCUACAAAGCAGGAGUGCUUUCACGUACGUUUCUUCUUUCCAUUUUGUUCUACAUCGGAUGUGACGUUGUACAAUAUUAUGCAUUAGCCAAAUCCUCUAGGAAAAAUCUGCGAGAACCGUUUUGUUCGUUAUAUAUUUUGGCUAGAUAAGUUUAAGGAAUAUAUAGACUAGAAAUUCAAGAUCUCAGGACAUUUUGAUAAUAGAAAAGUGGGCUUAGAGUUAGAUUAAUGUAAUACCACAUGGAACCUCGAGUUUUCUAGUCUAUGAAUCUUUGAAAAACACAAGUCUACCGACAUCUAGACCAAUUACAAUAUCCAACAUUUCUGUGAUUGGUUAAAUCUUCUAUUCAUAGUGAAUAUUGUAUUGAUAAAGCAACUCUUCUGUUUCAUGGUUCUCAUUGCUUGAAGUUUGCCUCUAUUGUUGAGUAGAGUUCAUAAAUGCAACAACCAUGUGGUUGUUGAAUGGUAGAAUAGAUCUGAAAAAACAGUUUUGUAUUCAGAAUAUAUAUUUUGUUUGAACA